AUGACACGCUCUAGAGUUCUCGACGAGCAGCGAAUACGAAUUCGUCACGCUUGCAAGAACUGUCAGGGACUCAAGCAAAAGUGCGACGGACAGACCCCUUGCUUUCGCUGCAAGAAGCGAGGGCAUCACUGCUCCUACGAUCCCCUUCAGAAGCGCAAGAACAUCACCCGCAUCCCGAAGAACGACGGGGACAGGUACGAACCGGUGGCUGCUCCUAAACUCCCAAAUCGAUCUGGCGUCCCCAUCUCUGGCUCCUCGUCGGCUAGUUUUCUCGCAGAAAUCAAGAGUCCCACAGAAAAGGGCGAGCUCAGCAGCCUCUCCUCCCUACGCCGCCUCGUCGAGCAGAUACCACGUCGAUUACCGGCUAUGGGCGGCGUCGUUGGCGAGGAGCCCAUUUAUGUCGACAUGGGUCCCUCCGGAGGAGCAGCGGUUGGCUAUGAUGUGCCGAGCGCUGGCAGCACCGACGACGGCGUCGGCUGCUGCUACUCCGCAGCGCCGGAUCACAUGGACACGGUGCCGGUGGGCGCGACAGGCAUGAUGCAAUUGGGUGCAUGGAGCGCACACGCUUCCCCGAGCAUCAACCUGACGCACUGCGCGAGCGAUGCAGGGUGCUAUGGGUUUGCGAUGCAACAGGACGGAUACGAGGGCAACGCCAUGCAGGUGACGCAGGACUAUACGGCGUAUCAGGGACCAUAA